UCAGUGUAAAUAUCUUUGUACCCUCCCUUUGUGCCCUGUACUUUCAGACAUUUACAGUCAUCGUGAGGAGACAUGGCACAGCAGACGAUUCAGCUGGAUCAAGAAAAAUUGAGCUGUUCCAUCUGUCUGGAUCUCCUAAAGGAUCCAGUCACUAUUCCCUGUGGGCACAGCUACUGCAUGAGCUGUAUCAAAACAUAUUGGGACGAGAAGGAAACCCACAGUUGCCCCCAGUGCAGGAAGACUUAUACAGUGAGGCCUGUCCUGGUGAAAAACAGCAUAUUUGCUGAGUUAGUGGAGGACGUAAAGAAAGCAGGACUUCCAGCUGCUUCAUCUGAUCAUGCCUAUGCUGGACCUGAAGACGUGGCCUGUGAUUUCUGUUCUGGGAGGAAGCUGAAAGCCUCCAAGUCCUGCCUGGUGUGUAUGGCUUCUUACUGUGAGCAGCACCUCCAGCCUCACUACAACGUAGCUCCACUAAAGAAACACAAGCUGGUCAAAGCCACUUCAAAGCUUCAGGAGAACAUCUGCCCUCGCCAUGAUGAGGUGAUGAAGAUCUUCUGCCGCACUGAUCAGCAGUGUAUCUGUUAUCUCUGCUUAAUGGAUGAACACAAAGACCAUGUCACAGUGUCAGCUGCAGCAGAAAGAGCUGAGAAGCAGAAAGAUCUAGCAGGGAAUCGACAGAACAUCCAACAGAGAAUCCAGGACAGAGAGAAAGAUAUGAGGGUGCUUCAUGAGGAGGUGAAGGCCAUCAAUCUUUCUGCUGAUAAAACAGUGAAGGAGAGUGAGGAGUUGGUCAAAGACCUGAUCAAUCUAAUUGAGAAAAAAAGCUCUGAGGUGAAGCAGAAGAUUAGAUCCAAGCAGAAAACUGAACAGAACAGAGUCAAAGAGCUUCAGGAGAAGCUAGAGCAGGAGAUCAGGGAGCUGAGGAGGAGAGACACUGAACUGGAGCAGCUCUCACUGACUGAAGAUCACCUCCAUUUUCUGAAAAGCUACUCCUCACUGUCACAUCUGAGUGCAUCUACAAACGUACCCACUAUCAGUGUUCAACCUCAACAGUACUUUAAGGAUAUGAUGCUGGAAGCGUCACACCUCAGAAAUAAACUACAGGCCGCUUUGAGUGAAGAGCCAACAAACACCUGUCAGAAAAUGACUCAAGUGGAUCUAAAAGAGCCCGUAACUAGACAUGAGUUUUUGGAAUACGCCUGUCAGAUCACACUGGAUCCAAAGACUGCAAAUCCAUAUUUAUCUCUGAGUAUGAGCAACAGGAAGGCAAUGCUGACGCAAGUCGAACACUUGGUUUCCAGUCAUCCGAAAAGGUUCUUACCAUGGUGGCAGGUGAUGAGUUCUGAUGGUCUGACUGGAUGUUGUUACUGGGAAGUAAAGUGGAGUGGUAAAGUUUUAAUUGCAGUUGCAUACAAUGACAUUAGUAGAACAGGAAGCAGGAUUAAAUGUGGAUUUGGAAAUAAUGAGAAAUCGUGGGCACUGGAAUGUGGGACUGGUAAUUAUGUAUUCAGACACAACAGCAUUUCCACUUUAAUCUCAGGCCCUCAAUCAUCCAGAAUAGGAGUAUAUUUGGAUCACAGGGCAGGAACUCUUUCUUUCUACAGCGUCACUAAGACCAUGAAUCUCCUCCACAGAGUCCAGACCAGGUUCACUCAGCCUCUCUAUCCUGGUUUUUGGCUGGGAGCAUUUGUUGGAGCCACUGUUGAGUUGUGUAAGUUAAAGUAGACCAGAGUGAUGACUGAUCUGUGGUGAACAGUAAAAUAAUAUAUGCUGAGAUGUGGCUGCGCCGCUGAGGUCAAACUCUGUGGGUGAGAAUUUAAAAAAAUUGAAAAAUACAGCAUUUAUAAAAGCAGGUAUACUUAAAACAUAUGGAGAUUUUAUAACAAUAAAACUUGAGUUAGAAAGUGUUUUGAUUUAUUCAUUUAAAUAAACCUAUUAAUUUCUCUGACCACAAUCAUCUCCAAAAUGAAUGUAUUAUGAUGUAAGAAAAUGUCAUUAUAAUUUAUAUAUUCAUUAAUUUAAUGUCUAUAUUUGUUGCUUGGUAUUUUGUAUGCUGUGUAUUCUUCUUGUGUAUAUUGUAAAGCUGUUUUAAUGAUAUUACAAAAUCACAGCAGUAUUAAAUGUAAAUUUAAGCACGUUUAAUUUAAGCCAUUCUGAAUAAUGACUAAAUUUACUUUUGGUACUUAAGUAGCUAUAAUGUUAUCACUAAUACUUUCAAACUUUACAAAUGCAGGAUUUUUAAUUGUUAUAGAAUAUAUUUAGUGUAAAAGCUCUGGUCAUCUUUUCUUCCACCGAGCAAAACGGUCCAGUUUUUUGUAACCUGCACAGCAGAAGAGCCACGCCUGAUGGUAAUGGGAAUAUUUAAAGCUGCAGUUAUUUCAGAUAGUUUUCCAAUUGUCCUGUCCAUGACCAUUUAAAAUAAAUCUUGGAUUUGUUCCACUUUUAUGAUUCCCAAUUUCUUUACUUUAAUUUUAAUAUAACAAAUAAGUAAAAGGUCAUUUAAUCCGAAACAGCACACAUGUAACAAAAGUAAAUAAAAGUAAACAUUUCACCAGACAGUGUUACUUUCAGAUUUAUUACACAACUUGUUUAAACAUUCCACAACAAUCAUGCAGGAAUAAAAUGGGAAUUAUACAAAGCUUUACACGCUUCUCCAAUCACACUUCAGGAAUAACUGGACUUCUGAUCAUCGUCUCAAAAACACUCAAAAUGUGAGGUAAUUUUUAAAAAUCAUUAUCUACAGACGAAAGACCGUGUGUUGACUGAAUGCUGAAGAGGGUGAAAGAAACAAAAACACUCAUUAUAGGGUAAUGAAGUCAGCAAUUAACUAUACAUAACUGUGCACUGCGUCAGCAUUGAGUUCAUUUGGAAUAUUAAAGUUUAAAAUGCCAGGAAUGUCAAUAAAUUCACCAUCAAUUCCUUAUCCCUUAUUUGAUGUCCUCCUUAGAAGUAAAAAAAUUACACAUCAGAAAUUAUUAACAUAACACCUUGUCCUUUUUUUCUUUUGUACAUCAAUUCUACAAAAGAAAUAAAAGCUACAGUAAAACAGACGCACAAAGAAAGUCAGGGCGCUCUGGGAUCAUUGGACGUUUAUCAUUUCAUUCCCUUAAA